GAGCAGCAGCAACAGUUAUUCAGCCACCUCGGUAGCUUGCUAGACAAGAUAGACGAACCAAUAAAGCUCUUUAGACGCUAUAGUGUAUAUUAGCCACUGUGUUUUAAACCCUCGUCUGUCGUCUAGUUAGUAAGUUAUAUUAUUUCAUUUCAUGUUUACGGUGUUGUUAUUAUUCAGCUGGCGGGCUGGUUAAGUUAGCAUUAGCCUAGUUACCUAGCUAGCUAACAUCUCCGACCAUGAGUUCACUAAAUUACUCUCUUCCUGCUGAAGAAGAGACGGUCUGCUGGACGGAGAAAGAAGCUCUCAUCAAAGAGGAGGAGGAAGAAGAGGAUGUUACAAUACAAAAACAAGUAGAGGGUGAGGUUGUUACAGGGAAAGAAGAAGAGAAAGUCGUUUCAGUGAAAGAAGAGGAAGACGCGUUCAGAGUUAGAGGAGGAGGAGGAGGUUACAGUAAAAGAUGAGGAGGAUUCAGUUUUUGAAGUGAAAGCGGAGGAGGGGGAGAAUACGGUCUCAUCGGAAGAAGAGGAGGAGGAAACUGGAUAUCUGGGCCCGAUUUCCCAAACGCAAUUUAAGGCAUCCAGUGGUUCUAAAGAUGAACUUAGCCAUAAGAUGGUUUUGAGAAACCGGGCCGUGAUUACCACUGGAGAGAGACGGGACUACCGUGGGUCCUCUGGGGAGCCUCAACAACCUCAUGAUGCUGACGAGGCAGAGAAGAGUCUCUCCACAUCAGAACACUUCAAGAAACACCAGCAGAGAUCCACAGGGAAGAAAUCUCACUGCUGCUCUGAUUGUGGGAAGAGAUUCACCUCAGCAGGCAUUACAAUUCAUCAGAAAAUCCACACAGUAGAGAAACCUUAUAGCUGUCAAUGUGGGAAGAGUUUUACUCAUUCAACCAGCCUGAUAACACACCAGAGAACACACACAGGAGAGAAAUCGUAUAGCUGUACUCAAUGUGGUAAGAGUUUUACUCAGCUAAGCAACCUUAUAUCACACCAGAGAACACACACAGGAGAGAAACCAUAUAGCUGUGGUCAAUGUGGGAAGAGUUUUGGUCAAUCUAGCACUCUGACUCUACACCAAAGAAUACACACAGGAGAGAAAUCUUAUAGCUGUACUCAAUGUGGUAAGAGUUUUACUCAGCUAAGCAACCUGAUAUCACACCAGAGAACACACACAGGAGAGAAACCAUAUAGCUGUAAUGAAUGUGUGAAGAGUUUUAUUCAUCUAAGCAGCUUGAUGUCACACAAGAGAACACACACAGGAGAGAAAUCUUAUAGCUGUACUCAAUGUGGGAAGAGUUUUGAUACAUCUAGCCAUCUUAUUGUACACCAGAGAAUACACACAGGAGAGAAACCUUAUAGCUGUGGUCAAUGUGGGAAGAGUUUUACUACAUCUGCCCAACUGACUCUACACCAGAGAACACACACAGGAGAGAAACCUUAUAGCUGCUAUCAAUGUGGGAAGAGUUUUACUACAUCUGCCCAACUGACUCUACACCAGAGAAUACACACAGGAGAGAAACCUUAUAGCUGUGGUCAAUGUGGGAAGAGUUUUACUACAUCUGCCCAACUGACUCUACACCAGAGAACACACACAGGAGAGAAACCUUAUAGCUGCUAUCAAUGUGGGAAGAGUUUUACUACAUCUGCCCAACUGACUCUACACCAGAGAACACACAUAGGAGAGAAACCUUAUAGCUGUGAUCAAUGUGGGAAGAGUUUUGCUGCAUCUAGCACUCUGACUCUACACCAUAGAAUACACACAGGAGAGAAACCUUAUAGCUGUGAUCAAUGUGGAAAGAGUUUUGGUCGAUCUGGCCAGCUGACAUCACACCAGAGAAUACACACAGGAGAGAAAUCUUAUAGCUGUGCUCAAUGUGGAAAGAGUUUUGGUCGAUCUGGCCAGCUGACAUCACACCAGAGAAUACACACAGGAGAUAAAUCUUAUACCUGUGGUCAAUGUGGGAAGAGUUUUACUACAUCUAGCAUUCUGACUGUACACCAGAGAACACACACAGGAGAUAAACCUUAUACCUGUGGUCAAUGUGGGAAGAGUUUUACUACAUCUAGCUCUCUGACUGUACACCAGAGAAUACACACGGGAGAGAAACCUCAUAGCUGUGAUCAAUGUGGGAAGAGGUACACUGAUAAAAGAUCUCUGAUUAAACCUCAGAAAAUACAUGGAGUUGUUUCAUGAUAUCAAUGAAAUAAUGUCACAAUGUAGAAUGUUUUAACAUUGUAGUAGGAGUAUUUUAAUGAUGUCACAAUGUAGAAUGUUUUAACAUUGUAGUAGGAGUAUUUUAAUGAUGUGACAAUGUAGAAUGUUUUAACAUUGUAGUUGGAGUAUUCUAAUGAUGUCACAAUGUAGAACCCUAAACGUUUGUCCCCUGUUCUAUUGAUUUCAACAUGAUAUGGAUAUUAGCCUCAGGGGGAAAAUCCAGGCUAUGAAUUGAAAGAGUACUAUUUUUGUGAUUUAACAAAAAGUGACUAACACAAAAAGAGUUGUGUUACACUUCCCACGUUGGUGACCCACUUAAAUCAAAAUGCAACACUUCAAAAUGUAGCGAUCUAUUUUCUACAAAUUGUCCUCUAACCAGGGAUGUACACAUUAUUCCCAGAUUCCGUGUGGUUUUUGAGCUGUUAGUUUUAACAGGACGUGCAACCUCAUCUCCCUUCUGUCACACAAUUGAUUUCAACAUGAUAUCGAUGAGUUAUGACAAAUAAGUGUUGCGUUCCUUUGUUUAGCGACCCCUACAUUUACAUGCAUCACUCCAAAAUGUAGCUGACUGUCUUCUGCAGGUUGUCCUCUAACUAGUGAGGUAAAAUAUAUCUCCCAUUUCCAUGUGUUUUUUUAGUUGUGUUAGUUUCAACAGCACGUACAACCUGAUUUCCCCCCUAAUCAAUAUCAGUGAUUUAUUGCUACUUGUCAAAACAACAGCGUUUCUGGUGCUUAUGCAGUUUAUAAGGUGCUUGUUUAAGUAAUAUGAUUAUUGUGGCAGAUGUUUGUGUAUAUAGUACAUUUUAUGUUUAGGUUUUCAAUUUAUCACAAACUGUUUCUGCAUUUGGACUAUUGAUUUGGACACGUUUAAACUGUGACAUUGGGGAUAUCCCACCUAGCAAAAUGUCGUUGAAAAUAAGACUAUGACCGUCGUACAAUAUAAGUUUGGUUUUAGUUGAAAGUAUAAAAGAAAACUAUUUCAUUUCAACGUACUUGCAGCUUAUACACAUGGACGCAGUAUAAUAAAUCGGUCUAUAAUCAAUUUUAUUAACAAUCCUAAUAAAUUGAAUCAUAAAUAUAAAAUAUAUUUGUUGUCCUAAGGGGAAGGUGUUACAGUCUUUGGGCUUUCCAUUUAUGUUUCAAGGUUGGACUUUAGCACGUAUAGCUCGUAGCACGUAUAGCUCGUAGCACGUAUAGCUCGUAGCACGUAUAGCUCGUCAGGACGUAUAGCUCGUCAGCACGUAUAGCUCGUCAGCACGUAUAGCUCGUCAACACGUACAGCUCGUCAGCACCUAUAGCUCGUCAGCACCUAUAGCUCGUUAGCACGUAUAGCUCGUCAGCACGUAUAGCUCGUUAGCUCGUCAGCACGUAUAGCUCGUCAGCACCUAUAGCUCGUUAGCACGUAUAGCUCGUCAGCACGUAUAGCUCAUCAGGACGUAUAGCUCGUCAGGACGUAUAGCUCGUCAGCAUGUAUAGCUCGGUAGCACGUAUAGCUCUUUGCCAGUAGACAGACACCAUGUUUAUAUUGGUGAUGGUGAAGCAUUGUAGUUGAUUAUAAUGUGAAAUGGAAGUUGUUUUCUGUUGUUGGUGAGCAAACUCUUAAGGUGUUAGUUAGUCUUUGGUUUUUCCAUUUAUGUUUUGAGGUUGGACUUUAGCACGUAUAACUCGUUAACAUGUAGAACGCACUGAUUGGUGUCACCUCGUUAGUCAGUAUGUGUUACACCUGUGCUGGCUUGUCCAUCUCGUUAGUGGGAAGGUGUUUCACCUGAGCUGGUCCAGGUUAUAUUUAAGAGUGUCUGGCCCAGUGCGCCAGUUGUCUUGAUAGAUGUGGAGAGUCAACACCUUUAGUUGCUCCACCUUUUUGGUUUGCUUCCUGUCUUUAAGUUUGGUGUGGGUUUUUCUUUUGUUUGCCUCUUCUUGGGCAGAUUUAGUGGGUCUCAUGGUGGGUGUCUUUUAGGUCCCAGUUGUUGUUACUAGUCAACGUUCAGUGGACACCCCCAUAGUGUCUUUGAGAACCCCUCCUAAAAAACAAGCUCAUAUUUUGGGUUGGAUAUUGCAUCCAAUUAGAGUUUUAAUCAAUGGCAUUUCAUUAGAAUGCUCAUUGGUGUUUCAGUUGAUAAUCUUCUGUUUUUUUUAUCCUGUUAUUUUUGUGUACUAAAUAUUCCUGUUUAUUUUCAUUGUUUUCUCCUGUGAAGCCAUUGUGUUGCAUCCAUGUCUGAAAUGUGCUGUAUAAAUAAAGCUUGAUUUGAUUUCAACAAA